AUGAUCAUCGCUGUGCUCUGCUUCACCUGUAGCAAGAUCAUCGGCAAUAAGUGGGAGGCCUACCUGGGGCUGUUGUUUGAGUACACCGAGGGGGACGCACUGGACAUACUGAGCCUGAAGCGCUAUUGCUGCCGCUGGAUGCUGCUGGCCCAUGUGGACCGGAUCGAGAAACUGCUCAACUACUCACCCCUGAAUAAAUGA